GAAAUGCAUUUUGUUCUUCCACCGGAUAAAGGGAACGUCCAUCACUCGCAGCAGCGAGUUAUUGAACUCACAAAACUCGUAGGAAGUGGAAGGGAAAUAGCUGAUACAAUGUCGAACGCCGUCGUCAAUGGGCUGGCAGGUGCAGGCGGAGGUAUCAUCGCUCAGAUAAUCACUUACCCUCUCCAAACGGUGAAUACCCGCCAGCAAACAGAAAGAGUUGCCAAGAAGGAUGCCAAUUUACUUGUUCCCCAUCAACCCCCUCCUGUUGCAGGUGGUACUCUACUGCACAUGUUUGAGGUUAUUAGAAGCGAAGGUCUGGGAGGACUUUACAGUGGCCUCAUGCCUUCUCUACUCGGAACUGCUGCCUCGCAGGGUGUUUAUUACUAUUUUUACCAGGUUUUCAAAAAUAAGGCUGAGGCCAUUGCAGCUAAAAAUAUGAGAAAAGGUCAGGGAGAUGGUUCUGUUGGCAUGUUUUCAUGGCUUGUUGUUGCAGCUCUUGCCGGGUCUUUGAAUGUAUUGCUGACAAAUCCAAUUUGGGUUCUUGUGACGCGGAUGCAGACACACACCCAAGCUGAAAGAAAAAUUAUGGAGGCUAAAAGGGAAGAGUUGUUAAGAGAAGAUUAUGAAAACACAUUUAUGGGUGCUUUGCAAGAGAAAUUGGUUGAACUGGAAUCUAUCAAGCCUCAACCCUAUGGAGCAUUCGAUGCGGCAUGUGAAGUUUAUGGUGAGUCUGGACUUAGAGGUUUCUGGAAAGGCAUCAUUCCAACACUUAUCAUGGUUUGCAAUCCAUCCAUCCAGUUCAUGAUUUAUGAAACUUCAUUAAAGCAUCUGAGGGCUACACGUGGUACAAACAAGAAAGCAGUAAAAAGUGUCACCGCUUUGGAGGCUUUCCUAUUAGGAGCCUUGGCAAAGCUAGGAGCAACUGUCUCAACCUACCCCUUGUUAGUUGUGAAGUCUAGGCUUCAAGCGAAACAGGAAAUAGGGGGUAAUAUCUCACAAAGAUAUACAGGUACGGUUGAUGCCAUUUUGAAGAUGAUUCGUCAUGAAGGAGUGUGCAGCUUCUACAAGGGGAUGAGCACGAAGAUUGUGCAGAGCGUCAUUGCAGCCUCUGUCUUAUUCAUGGUGAAGGAGGAGCUUGUUAAGGCUUACACAGUAUUGAUUAGUAGAAGACAUAAAAUCAUGGCAAAUAUGGUGCAAUGAGUUAAUUCAUAAAGAAUAAUUGUGUCUUACUGUUCCCCCCUUCUCCUGUUGUAGCUCUCUUGUCGCCGUUUUAGUGUUUUCAUAUGUAGUUGAAGUUGAGAUAUAUUUUCAAGAAUUACCUGGCUGUCAUAACUCUGUGCCUCGUCGAACCAUCCCUAUCCGGGGAUAUUUCAGUUUCAUGUAAGGCAUCUUCGGCCUGGAAUA